AUGACUGUAUCAAAGGAUAUUGCUAUUGUUAAACAUGAAGAUACAAAACCGGGUACAAAUCGUUUUCCAAGGGUAGUUAUAAUCAUAAUGCUUGCGGAGUUCUGCGAAAGAUUUUCUUAUUCUGGUAUGAGAGCAUUUCUUACUCUAUAUUUACGUAGUAAACUUGGAUAUACGGAUGAAGGUGCCACAGAAAUUUAUCACAUUUUCAGUACAUUCGUAUAUUUUUUUCCGAUUCUGGGCGGAAUCAUUGCUGACAACUAUCUUGGUAAAUUUCGGACCAUCCUUUACCUGAUGUUCGUGUACGCGGCGGGUAAUAUAUUGGUUGCUGUUACGGCAAUACCCUAUUUAGAUAUACCAAAAAGGUUAUGCACAAUAUUGGGCCUAUUUCUAAUAACAUUAGGCACUGGAGGUAUAAAGCCCUGCGUUACUUCAUUCGGAGGAGAUCAGUUCAAUCUCCCACAGCAAGAGAAACAAUUGGCAUUGUACUUCAGUAUUUUAUACUUCAAUAUAUGUACUGGGAGUCUUAUCGCUAAAACUGUGUCCCCUAUACUGAGAUCUGACGUCCAUUGCUUUGGUGAUAGAGACUGUUAUUCCUUGGCGUUUGGUGCGCCAGGAUUUAUUGUGCUAAUUUCUAUUGUGGUAUUCGUUAGCGCCAAGAACAGAUAUUUAAUGAAGAAACCGGAAGGAAAUUUGUUAUUUGAUUUUAUCAAAUGCGUAUCUUUGGGACUUAAAAACGUUGUAUUAAAACGUACUGAGAAACAUUCUCAUUGGUUGGACAGCACGCAACACAGAUACGACAAGCGUUUUAUACGGGACGUGAAAAAAACUUUGUCUAUACUGAUGUUGUUUACUGUACUCCCGAUGUUUUGGGCGUUGCUUGAUCAACUGGGUUCAAGAUGGACCCUGCAGGCUACUAAGAUGGAUGGUCGCAUGGGAUUCUUCACAAUUAAACCGGACCAAUUACAAGUAUUGGGGCCGAUAUGUAUACUGAUAUUAAUACCACUUUCGCAGAAGUAUAUCUACCCAUAUUUGGAAAAAUACAAUAUUCUGACAAAUCCUUUACAUAAACUGACGCUAGGAGGUGUAUUGGCUGGUCUAUCGUUCAUUGCGUCUGGUCUUGUCGAAAUAUAUAUUAAGACAACAUAUCCAGAAUUACCACAAUUAGGCUAUUCGCAAUUACGUAUAUUCAACGGAAACCCGUGCACCAUAUCGUUACACAAUGAUCAAAUGGGAUUAGUCUACACUAUUCCGUCCCUUUCGCACUAUACAAAUAAGCAGAUAGGUGUGAAUGGGAUAAAAGAUAUGCAUUUCAGGCUUAGAGGCGAUUGUAUCGAGACAGCAGAUGAAGUAUUCACAUUGAGCGAGAAUAAAGCUACAUCGUUCUUUGUGAAUGGUAACAAUACUGUCAGAUUCAUUGAUAAUGUGGACAAAAGUAAAUCUGGCUUGCCGUUCGUGAGAUUUCUCGUCACUGAUCGAGUUAAACUACCAAACGUAACUCUAUUCAACGAAAAUCGUAAAGAAAUAGAAUCGUACAUUAAAACCGGUGUGAGCGUACAGACUGAAGUGUACAUGUCGGAAUACUCUGUACGAAUUGGUGAUAAAGUGGUGAUGAGUGAUAUAUCAAUGAACAAUGGCGGCGUGUACACUGUGAUGAUUGACAAGAAUGGUGAUGAUUAUGUAUCUAAAAUGAUAGUGAUAACUGAACCGAACUCGGUAACAAUGGCGCUUUUGUUCCCGCAGUUCCUGAUUAUAUCAACUGCUGAGGUUCUGUUUGCGGUCACUGGCAACGAGUUUGCGUUCAAAGAGGCACCAGAGAGUAUGAAGGCUGUUAUGACAGCAGUGUGGUUGCUCACGGAGGCGGCGGGGAAUGUUAUAAUUAUAAUCAUAACGCGUCUCUUCGCUAAUUACAAGCAGGAAACCCAGUCCUUUAUCUUUACGGGAAUGAUAUUCACGUCAAUAUCAGUGUUUCAUUUCAUGGCAAGAGGAUACCAGUUUGGUUUCAAUGAUAUUGAAGAGAAAAAUGAACGCCGGAGAAGUAGUCGAGUGUUCUACCAACAAGUGAAGCAAGCUGAAGACUGCUUAGAACAUUAAUUGUUAUAAUAAUAUAAUAUAUAAUAUUUUUUUAUAUUUUAA